AGACCAAAGUAUUUUGCUGAUAAAUUUAUUGGAAAAAUCGACUCAGAAUGAGUGUGUGUGGGAGCUUUUCCGCCAUUCGAUAAGAUAGGGGAGCUCGGCAAUCCAUUCAGUGCACUGAGAACCUUUACCAUGGCGAGAUUGGAACUUAUGAGAACUGUGACCCUUGCCCUGUUGCUCCUGCUGGCCAUACACUUUGGCCAGGCGGAGAUUAUUGACGGCCAGGAGGAGGCGGACCGCUUUUGUUAUCCGGAGGACUCCAAGAACUCGCGUCGCUCUUGCGAAUGCAGCAAUGUGAACGCCUCACCCUGGGGAAUGCGUGCCCUGCGCAUCGACUGCAGCUACAAGGACUACAAAGUCAAGGAUCUCUCCCUGGCGCUGCCCCUGUACAUCGACUCCUUGGACCUCUCCUGGAAUGCCCUGGACUCGGUGCCGAUCUUUGUCAGCGUCAGUCUGCGUCAGCUGAAUCUGAGGCACAACAACAUAUCGAAAGUAGUAGCUGGCAACUUUAAGCAGUUGACCAGUUUGAAGGAGCUCUACCUGGGCUGGAACAGCAUUGCCCAACUGGAGGCUAACGCCUUCGAGGGAUUGCCUCAUCUCCAAGUGCUCGACUUGGCUCACAACAACCUCCACACGCUGCCCAGUCAGCUGUUUGCCCCGCUUCUGAUUCUGGGCAGUCUGGACAUCUCCUGGAACCGCCGCUUCAACGAGUCUGGUGCGGAUCUGUACACCGGGCUGGGUGUCAACUGGAAACUGGCUACCUUGAGGCUGGAUGCCUGCAGCUUGACUGAGCUCCACCUGCCCGUAAGUGCUCCUCUAAAGGAGCUUUCCCUGAGGAGGAAUCAGCUGAAGAGGAUUCCCAGCCAGCUGCCGGAGUCCCUGCUCCGCCUGGACAUAAGCGACAAUCUGCUGGAGGAACUGCUGCCCGUGGACGCAGCCAAUCUCACCCAGGUACGCCAGCUGUUCAUCGAGGACAUGUCCCUGCUGCAGGGUGUGGUGGCCCAGGCCUUGGCCCCCUUGGAUCUCCUCGAGACACUGAGCUUCCAGAACAGCCGGCAACUGACCCAUUUCGAUGCACAGGCCUUUGGAGUCAUCUCCCCCAUCUCCGUGAAGAAGAAGGUCCUGCGCUCCUUGAGCUUUCGUGGCACUCUGCUGCGCUCCUUUAAUUCCACGCUGGCGCCGCUUUUUAACCAGCUUACCGAGCUGGAUCUCAACGGUCUCCCGCUGCAGUGUGACUGCGAGCUGGUGUGGCUGAAGCAGCUGCCCUACCAGACCAACGGCAGGUGCUACAAGCCAACCCGGAUCCGCGGCAUGCUGGUCACAUCCGCCCGUGUGGACGCCUUCAGCUGCGACACCUGGCCGAGAUGGGCCUACGGCCUGGUGGUGCUCAGCCUCAUCGCCCUCAGCGCCGUGGGCAUCUACCUGAUCGUCAUGGGACUGCGGCCCCAUCGGGGAGUCACCAUGCGCCGCAAGGUGGGCGCCGGAUCGCCCUACGCCCGCGUCACCAUCGAGCCCAAUCGCCAGGAGAACCCCCACUAGAGGUGGCUAGAAACCACACCGUACCACCUAAGUUGUUGUAACUAGCGUAAAUAUUCCAAAGACAAUAAAGACACUUAACUUAAA